GUUGAUCAUACGCAACACCAUGGUCUUCAGCCUACUUGUUAACCACAUCGAGAGCUUCGUUAUAGCUGUUGUAUAGAACUUCUGGUGGUGGCGGGUGCUCACGAUCAACAAGCGAGGCCUCCCACAAACUAUUAAUAUUACACUCUACAACACCACGGAGCUCACCAUGAUUCCAUCGGCGCGGCGCACGCUUGGUACUUCGCCCACGGUGUGGAGGCUUGGGCUGUACAGCUUCAUGGGCUACAGCUUUAUGGGCUACAACCAUAUGGGGAGCAGCUUUAUGGGGAGCGGCUUCAUGGGGAGCGGCUUCAUGGGCGAGGGCGUCGCUCGACGACUCCAGUUCUUGCUCGGAAUCAGUACAGCCCUCCUAAACCGACCCAUCUUCAUCGGACUCGGACUCGAUCCAUCAGCACUCGCAAAUCGGCACCUCGCCAUGGAUCACCAGCACUAUCAGCCUAUUUGGCCGCUGCUCGAAGGCACCUUUGACUACACGUUGAAUCUAGCUGCUGAGCUGUGGACGAUGAUCUGGCGCCCAGAUGAUGAUGAUCCCAUUGCGCCUGUGAAGAUCAGUGUCGGUAUCGACGCGGUCAAGAGAGAGAAGCUGGUGGCUUGUGUUGGUGCGGGCGGCACUGCUGAUGUAAAAGAGAAGAGCGCCGAUACCUGA